AUACAAUAUUCCUUCUUCUUUCCAGACCCACCUGGACCCACCAGAUGUCCGCAGACGGCUAUGAAAACCUUAAGAAGAAUCAACGAUGGCCACCCAACCGGCGGAUUCUGCUGCGUCUGCUGCAGCAGUGACGUCACACUGGUACCACGAUUGGCACGAGCCCACUGACCUCGUCCAUGACCAUCGCAACUUUCGCGUUCCAUCGACCCAUCUGCACGGACAUUAUAACGCUUCCGUAUCGCCGCAGACAUUCUCGGAUUAUAGAUAUAAAGUUAGUCACAAAAGACCAGUGUAUCGUAAACCAGACGCCUUCUUGACCUACCUGCUCUCCCUGAGUGUGGUACGACCUCCAGUACCUUACACCAACCAUCAUGUACCUGUACGACAUCAGAUAGCUCACCACAUCCCAGUCGUAUCGCACCAUUUUCCAGUAUUGCCUCAAAAAGACCACCACAACGUUAAUGGUCUAUAUCAACAUCAGCUAGACCACCAUUUCCCUGGGUCAAACCAUUUGGAUAAUCACCAACCUGUGACUCAUCCACCAAAUAAAGAAAUCUAUCCAGGUCAUCAGAUUAUACACCAUGAGGAAAUAUCUCACCAAGUUCCUGUUCAUGAUGAAGUAGUUGGGCACCACAUGCCUUAUCAAAUAAAGCAACCUAUCCAGCAUCAUCGUGUUCCUGAACCUGAACCUCUCGAGAGAACGGGGCCGUUUAAGAUUUGGUAUUAUUGGAACCAGAUAGAUUUUGCCUACUUGUCACCCGAAGAUAGAGAAAAGGCUAUUUUGUAUGGUGACUUUAUACCAGAGAAUAAUCUUCCUUUAGGAUUGGAGGUUUGGAAGGACCGACUUUUCGUAACAAUGCCAAAAUGGAAGACAGGAGUACCAGCCUCGUUAACGGUGAUACCUAAAGUGCCAAGGGAACCUUCACCAAAGCUUGUGCCAUAUCCGAGUUGGAGGUGGCAUCAAACAGGUACCUGCGAUGCCAUCAUUUCUGUAUUCAGAAUCCAAGCGGACAGCUGUAAUAGACUGUGGGUUCUCGACAGCGGUCAAAUUACAGUGACAACCGAUCCCAACCAGAUCUGUCCACCGAAGCUGCUAAUUUUUGACCUGCUAACAGACCAACUGCUAACAAGGUAUGAUCUUCCUCCAGACCAGGUGAAGAAGGAUGGGCUGUUCUCGAAUCUUAUGGUGGAUAUUAGAGAGAAUGAUUGUAUAAAUGUUCAUGCAUAUCUGACAGACGUUUGGCGGUUUGGUUUGGUUGUUUUCAGCCUGGAGAAGAUGCGAUCAUGGCUCAUCACUGAUCAUUUGUUUUUUCCUGAACCACUGGCUGCAGCUUAUAAGGUCCACCAUCUAGAAUUCGAAUGGACAGACGGCUUAUUCGCGCUAGCUUUGAGCCCAACCGACAAGUAUACCCAAGACCGAAUACUCUACUUCCAUCCUAUGUCAAGCUUUAGGGAGUUCCGGGUACCAACAUCAGUGGUUUGUAAUGAAACCGGCUGGGCCAUGACUAAACAUGCUUUUGAGGUUAUGGGCCAAAGCAGAGGCAAGAAUGGGCACGUUUCCGCACAUUGGAUGGAUAAAAAAGGGAUCUUAUUCUACAAUAUGGUGACCAGAGACAGCAUUGGUUGUUGGGAUUCGGGCAAACCCUACAAAAGAGACAACCUCGGCGUAGUAGCUCAAAGUAGCGAGACGCUGGUGUUCCCCAACGAUAUCAAAAUAGAUCAAGAGGAACGACAAAGUGUUUGGGUAUUGUCCAACAAACUCCCAUUCUAUUUAUACGAGACACUGGAUAAGGAUAAAGUAAACUUCAGGAUUAUGUCUGCUUACACAGACGAGGCCAUUGAGGGUACUAUUUGUGACCCAAAGAGGAGUUCUUUCGAUACUUACGUUGAGUAUGGCGGGGAAGAGGACUGUUAUUAACUAAUUUACAAAAUAACGAAUUUGCCAAUGAAUACAAUGGGACCCAUUCGCUUUAUUGUUUUUGAAACCUAACAAAAAAAAGAAUAAUUAAGUAUUCACUGAGAGAAAGAAACAUUCAAGUAAAUGAAUCAAAAAGUGUUGGCAAAUAUUCUUCAUCUACUGUGAAGCAUUCUUUUUUAGUGACACUUCCGAGUUUUACGGUUUUCCUAGUUAUCAUGGCGGCACUACUAGAACAGAAAAUCCUUAGGUUGGCGGAAAUUGAAGUAGGUAGUACCGUAGUUACAAUCGAAAUGUGAAGGGGAUGUAUAGUUUGUUCAAGACUUCGACAAAGAUUCCUCAUUAUAUUCAUUUGAAUACUGCAUGAGCUGCUUAAUCCGCUAUAAAUCAUUCCCAACAAAGUUCUGCGUUAAAUGGGUGAUGUCAAAAUGUAGUGUCAUACUUCACCUUCACGCGCUGUUAUGGAUCUGGCGUUUUCAAAUCGUGCAUUACUGCUUGGUCCAUACUAAAAGAAUGCUGCGAACAAUACUAUGGUGGGAUAUGUAGCAAACAACUGAGUGGUCGCAGAAUUCCUGAAGAGUCUCACACUUCGGUUGCAAAACACCGACAGGGCAAUAUUGUCAAGCUUUUCUGCCAGAAAGUGUCUAUAAAGGCUUUGUGUGGUUGAUAUCAAUCAAACAGCUAUUCUUAGCGGCAGCUAAGCAACGUUUUGCUUCUUGGGUGCUAGUGAAAUUGUGAAUGAAACGUCACUUGGAGGUAUUCGCACUCGGCACACUUGAUCGCUAUCAGAAAGGAAUGUCGGGGAUUUAAAGCUACAUGAAAAAUUCAACUGAGUAUCGUAAUAAGUCUUAGAGUCUUUAACGAACCAUAUGCCUUCUCACGCUCUUGUGAUCCUAGUUAAUUUGGUAAUAAUUUCUUUUCAUCCAACAUUUUAACGCAACAAUAAAUUAAUUUCAGUCUUUCGCUUUUUCACAUCAUCAACGAGAAGUACGUAGUUUACUUGGAAAUUUAUCUGAUCUUAAGAAAGCCUCGAAGGUCAUGGUCAGGUACAUACGCAAGGAUAUACUUGAAUUUCAAAUUUUCCUCAAUUUCUAUUUCAGAAAUUCAAAAUAGAUGUUUAGCGUUAAAAACGAUUUUAUCUUCAAAUGACCUUAAUAGUCAUAGUUAGCAUAAAGUUUUUUGCUUUUCUAUUUCCAAUGUCAAAAGUAGGGUUUUCCAUUUAAGAAAACUGUCUUGCCCUUCAAAUGACCUUGAAGGUUAUAGUCAAGGUCAUAUUCAAGAUCACCAUUAUUUAAAUAAACCGUUCAUCUUUAUUAGACAACAUUUUUUCCUUAUGAAUCGUCUAUUUCGAGGUAUUUUGUUCCUCUUCCGACUUAGGGGUUUCAUUUAGGCAAACUGCUAUGACCUUCAGAUAAGCUUGAAGGUUAUAGUCAAGGUCACCAUUAGAUAAAUCUUCACAAAUUCAUUAAACAACAGUUUUCCUUAUGAAUCGUAUUUUAGCCCUCUCCCUACUUAGGGGCUUCAUUCAGCAAAACUGGAUUGACCUUCUAAUGAGAUUUGAGGUCGCAGUCUCAUGAAAAAAUGGCUGAAAAUGGAAGUGGCCGGUUAUUGGGAUGCUAUGAAAAACCGUUCAUUCCAAUAAUCGGACACAAUAUCACUGGCCAUAAUCCACAUUAUCUGUUAUCUUUCGCUGACUGUCCACUGGCCGGCGGUUCGUAUUUUGGUUUGUUUAAUUCCCAGACAGAAGUUUGAUAGUUUCUAUAUUUAAAGAGAAAAAGAUUUAUAACGACCACACAUUUUGACUAGUAUGAUGAUCCAGUUAGCAGCCACUCCAAUUUGACCUCAAAAUAUUAAAAGAACAUAUUAAGAUUAGAUUAUUUUGUAAAUGUUGAAUGUCUUCUGCAUAUGUAACAAGAACAGUAUUAUGACAAAUGACAAAAAUUGAGUAAUCGAUGGCAUGCUGUGUUUGACGUUCUAAUUCGGUUGUCAAUAUGACAAUUGUAGAUGUAAAAUGUCACAAAUUAGUUGAUAAAUCCAGUACCAAUUUUCAGCAAGUGUAGGAGGAUUUCAAAUAUCCAAGUUUUUAUCAAUAAUAUAACAUUGUUGUUGUAUAAUAUUUUGUGUAUAUAAAUGUUUGUAAAUAUAUUAAAUAUAAAUUAAGAUACUCUAUUAAGGGUUGUAACGUCAUAAUGAUACAAUUAUUUAAGUAAGUUUAAGAGUAAGGAUAAUCUGUAUUAAAUGAUUC